AUGGCACCUCCAAACGGAGCCGCCGCCGACCUCACACAACCCUUGGUCGACUCUCACCUCCACCCGGACCCGCUCCCUUCCCCCAAAUCUCCCCCGCCGCCGCCUGCAGAGCCGCCCCACUGCGGCAGCAACGAGCUCGAAAACGUCCUGUCCGAUUCCAACCUCCCCUUCGUCCGUCAAUUUUCGAUCUAUGGAUCCGAAUUCAGCCUGCGACAACAAUCCCUUAUUAAGGCCGGUCUCGGUCAGAGAUUGAGAGAGCUGCCAUGGAGAGAACCGAUCCUCUUCUAA